AUGACCGAAGAAUCUAGUUAUUCACAUGAGCUAGUAAAACUGCUUGAAAAGGGUGCGCAGGCGUUUGCUGAAAAGCAGUAUGAGAAGUCUGUCGAGUACUAUUCUGAGGCGUGCGAGAAAUCCAAUCUUUUGACAGGUAGGGACGACCCUGAUUUGCUCUUUUUGUACGCGAAAUCUUUGUUCGAGAAUGCUGUGUCCAAAUCUGAAGUGUUUGGUGGCCAGAAUAACCAGGAAGAAAAGGCCGAAGAGACUGAGGACGAUAAUGGAAUGUUCCAAUUUAACGAGCAGCUUGCUGAAAAUGAAGAAUACGAAGAAGAAUCUGAACAAGAAAAGGAAGAACAGGAAGAGGACGAACAGUCUCAUGAGCAAGAACACGAGCAAGGAGAGGAGGGUGAAGAGCAGACAGAUUUCGAGGUGUCCUGGGAAAUACUGGAUCUGACAAGGACCUUGUACGAAGAGCAGCUCAAUACCUUACAGGAUGAACAAUUGGAAACGCCGUACUUGGACUCAGACAAGAAAGACAUAAAGGAGAUCAGCUCGCCCUUUGUGGCCAUUAAAAAGAAACUGAGUGAGGUUUACGAUUUGCUGGGUGAGAUCUCUUUAGAAACAGAAAACUUCAGCCAGGCAGCUCAAGACUUCACCACUUUAGCCAAUCUAAGAACAGAACUAUAUCCAUUCUCGUCCAGGCUUGUUUCUGAAGCCUACUAUAAACUUUCGCUGGCGUCCGAGUUCAACACGGGAGAAGCAGGGUCCAGUGCAACGGCUGUAGAGGCUAUGGAAAAAUCUCUCAAAUCCAUAAAAGAAAGAUAUGAACUUUCUGACCAAGAAAAAGACGAGAGUUUGCUUCAAGAGAUGGAACAAAGACUGGAUGAAUUGAGGAAAGGUGAUGCCGCUAUUCGGGAAGAGAAAAAGAGGAUUAUGAUGGGCAUAUUGGGCGAAGGCGACGGUACAGAAAUCAAGGCCACUCCCAAAAGUGUUCCUGUGAACGAUUUAACGGGAAUGGUAAAGAAACGAAAACAGCCUGGAGGAAAAGCUGUCACCAAAAAGGCAAAAACCAGUAAAUAG